CACAGAAGAGUCAAGAUUGCACUGCAGUACCACCGAGAGGGUUAUCGCUCGAUAUAUAAGCGGUUGCGCUUACAACUUUUCGAGUGUUUUGUAUAAAAGCGGCCAAAAAGAUUGAUUGCUUGGCAGUAUGUCCCGUAACAUGGCUGUAAUCGCCGUGUUCGGGCUUGUUGGUGUUAUCAUAUCGUACUUGACCAUUGAAGCCAAUUGUUAUCCGUAUUUAAAUAAUUCUACGCGGACACUCAUAAAGAAUCAAGUCUCAGAUUCGGCUUACAUUUACAAAUACUCAACGGUAGUAUUAGUUGGUCAAAAUGAACCGAAAGAAUUUGCGUCAAAAUUGUACCUGCAAGGAAAACUCGUCAUUAAACCUCAGGCAAAUCACGAUUCAAAAACAGACUGGUACAUCAAAUUUCAAGACGUAGAACAUACUAUACAUAAUGGCCUAAACAAUAAUGGUAUUGAUGAGAGCGAGUAUAGAAUACUAGAAAAUCAUCUUAAAGAAUUCGAAACCCCUUUUUUAUUGAUAAUUAAUUCAGAUACGAGUGGAUUUAAAAUUCAACAACACGAAUCAUUAUGGUCCAGGAACAUGAAAAAAGCCAUAUUAUCGUUGAUGAAUUUCGAUGUCGAUUUAACAAAUUUGAAUACUAGGAAAUUACAGAAUACCAUUUACGGGGAUUGCGAAAUCAACUACAGUUUUAAGGAAGUGACGAGCACUAAGAUGUUCUUAAGGGCGGUUUAUGAACCAAGAAAAUGCAGUAAAUACGUUCAACAUGUCACCAGCGAUGAGAGAAGUACUAGUUGCCACGUAAAAAAAGAGGAAGAUUUGAUGACAUCUGUAGAAAAUCUUUAUGAAUUGAAUAUUAAUUUGAACGAAAUACCUAAUUUACCCUUAUUACUGAAAAAAAUCACUUCCCAUGAAAAAGCGGCUUAUCUGCCGUGGUUACACCGAAGUUCAGGAGUUCAAUACGUUGAUAUCAAACAAACGGUUGAAUUUGAAAUGUUAGCUAAUGCAUCAGAAGUAAACUUACCCCAGAUAGAUUUCGAAAAAGUACCAAUUAUGUCAGAUUUGUCAUUUGAAAGUACUGAAAAUUUGGAUUUCAUGCUGAUAAGUAAAAAUUUAACACAAUCAGAUUUUGUUCAAAAAGUUCAAGAUUAUUUGUCAAUGAUGGCAAAUUACUUAAAGAAUAAUCAUUUUGAAGUGAACAACUAUCCGCAUAAAAAUUUACUGAAAAAAUUGACACAGACGAUGCGAUACUUGAACACUGAAUCAAUCGAAGCGAUUUUUCAAGACGUACAAAAAAAAGUCGAAAAGGAUGCUUUGUAUGAAAAAAUUAGGGAAAUAUUUGUGAAAUUAAUACCGCACAUUGGUACUGAAGCUAGUUGGGAUUUCACAUAUAAAUUGACCAACAAUUUAAUAAAUGCACCUACAAUAGACGAAGUAACAAAGUUGGACAUGAUUUCUAAGCUACCAAUGUACGUAAUCAACCCAACAGAGGAAUUCGCUAAAAAAAUGAUUCGCUUCAGAUUAACAAAGACAGGAGUGUUGUGUUAUUCAAUUUUACUCAAUAAAGUUUAUAAAAAUGUCAAACAGUCCUCAGUUCCAACAUUUUUAAAGGAACAACUUGAUUUCUUCAACUCAGCAGUUUCAAGUGAAAUAACGUAUCAAGCAAAAAUAUUGUAUAUAAUGGCUAUGAGAAAUGUAGAGGUUGGCAAUAUUUACAAUUACCUAGCUCCAAUGGUGCGUGGAAAUUAUGAAUUUGAAAUAAACGUCGACAUUCCAAAAACUGAUAAAUUUCGAAUAGCGGCAAUGUGGGCUGUCGCUAAAUCUAUCAGUAAUGACAGAGAUUUGACCUAUAAAUUGUUCUGGCCAAUUUUGUCAAACUCUUCCGAAUCAUUGUCGAUGCGAAUUACAGCUUAUGAGCAAUUAGUGUCCAAAAAUCCAAUUUUGGACAUUAACUUACUUAUGAGCGUACAUUGGUUGAUGGACAAAGAGCGAGAUGAACAUAUGUUCAAUUAUCACUAUACAUCGUUGAAAAAUAUGGCUGAAUGGAAAGAUCCUUGCAAAUUUGAUGUGUCUGAGCUCGCGAGAAAAGUUUUCCGUUUAAUGAAGCCACGUAAGUCAAUGAGUAAAUCCUUGUCUGGUGUCAAUAUUCUAGAUUAUUACGAUGAUAAAUAUGGAUAUGGAAUGUCUUUAAAGUUUGGCGUGGAAAUAGAUGAGAAUACCGGUACACCGGAAAUGGGUUUCUUCGAAGUAAUUGAUUCUGUUGCGAGGAAAUCGAAGAUGAAAUCAAGUUAUUAUUGGAAUGUUAACGGCAUAAAUCUAUACACCGUUAACAAAUUCUUCAAAAAAAUGAUGCAAAUAGAGACAUCUGAAGUUAUACCCGAACAAAGUUUACUUGAGAUAACAAACGAAGAAGUAAAAAAUUUGAUUCGUCAAACACAAGGUUACAAGCUUCUAGAUAAAAAUAUGCACGUAGAACUAUGGACAAUGAAAAAGGGAUAUGUAACGCAAGUCGAUGUCUUUUUUGACAGUUCAUUGACAGGUUUGGUACAGCGUUUAUACGAUGAUUACAAAACAACCAAUUUGAUGGAUAUUGGGGAUAAAUUAGGGUUCAACCGGUUAUACGACAUAGACUAUUUGAACAAUUAUAGAAUGGUGGUACCUACAUCAGCUGGUUUACCAGCGAUUUUUUAUAACGAAGCAGCUCAGUUGUUCAACAUCAAAUUGAAACCAGAUUUACAGCUAUAUAAAACGGUUGUAACCGUCAAAUUAGAGUUCGAGGCUCGAUACUUUUAUCAUAGUUCAUAUGAAAUGAAAGUCUACAAUCCUUUUGCUGAAGUAACGCAUUCCGUAGAAAGAUGUGCCAGUACAGAUAUAGUUCUGCCAUUAGACAUGACCGUGGGAUUUAACUUGGAAACUAGGAAUUUAAAAAUAGUUCUGCCUCGAAUGCCUUUGACUAAAUUAUCAACGACCGGUUUGAAAAUCCAUGCGUCUGACAUGGUUACAAUCGGCGAGGAUUACAAGAAUGUCCUGAAAACGUACUGCUCAGCUUGCAAACAUAACAUACCCGUCAAAUUAACACCUGAGAAUGUACAAAAUCAUGUUAGCGCGUAUCAUUCAUUGGAUACUGGUUUAGAAUACGCAUUUGUAGUUUUUGAUUGUGAUUAUAAUCGAAAGCAUAUGCUGCAAGAGGAGUUGAGUAGAGUUCUGAAUACACCAUUAAAUGAUGCUAAUGAUGAUUUGUGGCCAAAAUUUGCUUUGAUGAUGCAGCAUGCUCUGUUUAAUAACAUAAACGUACUUUACACCACUACUUGUGGCAUCAUUCUUAAGGCGUCACCUUCUAAUAAGUAUCCAACCGCUACGGUUGAAUUUAAUUGGAGAUUAAAUGCAGAACAGCUUGCAGAUGAUAAUGUCCACGUAGUAAUACGAGGAACAGUUGAAACAAAAGCCGUAGAUACUAAUAUUACCACGCGUUUCUGGAACGUAGAUACAGAGUUGGAGAUCACUCAAUUUCAUAGUAAUUACAAACUUAGCUUGACUCCAGGACACGAUGAUUUUAAAGUUUGCUUUGAAGCUCAUAAAGAAUAUCCUAAUUUCGUUGAAACCCUAAAGCAUGAAACAUUAACUAAACUAUUUUUGACAUUGGGACAGUCAAAAUCAAAUGAUUGUGUUGACGGGGAAACAUUAAUCAAAGUCACAGCUCGUGGUGAACUUCUAGAUGAUCAAAUAAAACAAAUUAAGGAAAACAUAAAGCCAAAUUCAUGUUUUAGCAAUACUGGAAAUCCCCUUGAUUUGAAUAUUAAUGAACGAUUUGACUGGAACUGCUUAUAUGAAGCAGUCAAAUUGACAACAAUGAGGAAGUAUACUUAUGACAUACAGUAUCAAAAGAUUCCCUCUUGGAUUCAAAUGAAACUAUUAGUCCUUGAUGAUUUUUUGCGUUUUGAAGCUUAUCCUCAUAUACAUUACAAUAUUAACCAUACAGAACCAGGUCACAUGAAAGCAUUGGUCACAUAUUCCGACGAUUAUCUAAUGAAAAUCUCAUUGACGAAUCCAUCUUAUACUCUGGAGCUAUACGAUUUAGAGUACGGCCCAGAAAAUGGUGCCGAUAAUAAUUUGAUCUUAGAUAAUACUGCGUUCAGCAAUAAUUUUUUAAUGGAUUUUUACAAAGGAGAUAUAAGACCGUGCAUUGCUCAUGCUGAUGAUGUCAUUACAGAUUUGAAUCAAACGAUUCCUAUAGAUUUUAAAGAAUGGACAUUGAUGUCAGGGGAUUAUGGUCUCAUGACUUAUGCUAUAUUUGUCAAAGCAGUAAGUACCGAUAAGGUAGCAGUGAAAAUUUUCGCUGGCAUGUACGUCUUAGAAGUUCAGCCAACGGCAUCUAAACCAAUCGUUACAAUAAAUGGUGUGAUAGUUGACGACUAUGAAAAAAGUGUACUAUCGCCAAAUAUUAAUAAAAAAUACUUCAAGAUUUCAAUGUUCAAUCAGUUACUUGUCAUAGAAACAGAAAAAUAUUCACAAGUUAAAGUUUAUUAUACUCCAAAUAAUGUUAUUGUACUUCCUCAUUUAACAUCAGUAAAAACAAUUGAUGGUAUUUGUGGACACAUGGGCAGCAGAACAUUUACACAAGAUAUCCCAUUAAUUUAUAAGAGUUCAAGUUAAAUUUAAAUAAACUGAAUCAUUUUUGUUGAAAAAAUUAUUCAAGGAGAUAGAUUAUGAACGAAUAAAAUUGAGUUUUUCUAAAAA